AUGUCAUCGCCUUCUUGUCCAUUAACAAUACCAAAAUCCGAAUCAGAUGCUUGUCAACUUGAACAAGAACAUGUUCAUAAGGUUUAUAAUGAGAUAGCUCAUAAUUUUAGUGAUACUCGUCAUAAACCAUGGCCACGUGUUGUUGAUUUUUUACGUUCGUUUCCUAAUGGUUCAUUAAUUCUUGAUGUUGGUUGUGGAAAUGGAAAAUAUAUGAAUAUAAGAAAUGACAUAAUGAUGAUUGGUUGUGAUCGAAGUGAAGGCCUUUUACAAAUAUGUCGGGAUCGUUAUUUUGAAGUUUUUCUUUCUGAUUGUAUGAAUAUACCUGUACCAACAAAUAUGUUUGAUGGUGCUAUUUGUAUUGCUGUUCUUCAUCAUAUUAGUACUGAAGUGCGACGAUUAUCGGCUUUGAAAGAAAUAGUUCGUGUAUUAAAACCAGGUGGACAAGCACUUGUUACUGUAUGGGCUAAAGACCAAGAAAUAGAUAAUAAAAAAAGUACAUAUAUAACUAAAAAUGCUAAAACUUGUUCAAUACAUACAAAAAAUGAAACAAAAAAUGAAUUAAUUAUUCAUACACCACGAACCACAUUUCAACAAUCUGAUUGUCUUGUACCAUGGACUAAGCCAACAGAAAAAGUUUUAAGAUAUUAUCAUGUUUUUAUAAAGAAUGAACUUGAGCAUAUAUUAAGUCAUAUAUCUCAAGUUAAAAUAAUUAAUUCAUAUAAUGAUGAUGGAAAUUGGUGUAUCAUAUUUAUGAAAGUUGCUUAA